ACGUGUAGUAAUGGUGCGCGGCGACGGGACAUGGCGAGGCCGCUGCAGCAUCGUCUAAUUGUCGGCAUAUGUUUUUACUGACCCUCUUCCGUUGCAACCCUUCGACCGCUUUCCAGUGUAACAUCUCGCGAACGAGCUUAAGACAUCCAUCCCAAAUCCCACCUGUGUACCAAAGUCCCAUCCUCUGGCUGCGUCCUCGUCGGUAUGGGUCCCUCCAGACGCACCAGAGGCCCCAUGUGUCGAGAUGGAAAACCUUGAUUUUAUUCUUCCCAAGCCCGCCAUCCCAUAGCCAACUCAUUUCCCCACGACAGAGUGAAGCUGAAGGCCAAACCCGCCCCCAACCCACCAAUUCCGCCUGCAUCCCCCCUCCCCCGAUCGUGAUUGAGAACCCUCCAAAUCUCUUUUCGCGCGUGUGGGUGUUCUGGUGGUUGUCACGAUGUUUCAAACCCUACUCCCCACCCUCCCCUCCUCCGCCGCUGGGCCAGAGAUUGGACGUGUUCCCGUGAUGGUUGAACUGUAAAAGCCAGACAUCUGUUCGCUCCUCCAACGUGCGUACCAAAUGCCGGGCCUCUCGUCUUAUACGUCUUACUUCGACCCAUUCUGGGCUUACUUCCUCUGGGCGAGCUGAUGGGAAUCCUACUUGGUCUUCGCCAGGCUGCCGAGACCAAGCCGCGGAACGAUGGCGUCCAUCAUCGACACCCAUGCCCAAAGGCUCACCAUCGGCAUCGUUGUCGUAUGCCUCGGGAUGUCCGUCCUAUCCUUUGGCCUGCGGAUAUAUGCUAGAAGCGUCUCGGCCGCGAAGCUUUGGUGGGACGACUAUUGGAUGGCCCUGCCCAUGCUUGUGUGUAUAGCCAUGAGCACAAACGACUUCAUCGGACUCGUAUACGGGUCCGGCAAGCACCAGGCGGAACUGGACGAGGAUGUAGUGAUGGCUUUUAUGAAGAAUCUCUACGUUUACAUGAUCUUCUGGUCAAUAGGCGUCUUCAGUGUGAAGGUCGGCAUCCUUCUGUUCUACUGGCGGGUUUUUCACACGAAUGCCUUCCGCGCAACAGCACUCGUCGUCGGCUGUUUCUCGGUCGGGAUGUUCGUUUCCAACUUCUUUUCUUUCACUUUCCAAUGCACCCCGAUCGAGAGCUUCUGGAUGGCCAGGCCGGAGGAUUGCAUCGAUCAGCACUCGUUCUAUCUGGCGUCUGCCGUAAUCAACGUCGUCGGUGACGUUACCGUGCUCGCCUUGCCGCUGCCAGUUAUCUGGGGCCUACAUACCUCGAGGGGUAAGAAAUGGACGCUGAGCUUCCUAUUUCUUCUAGGUACCUUCGUCUGCAUCGCGAGUAUUUUUCGCAUCGUUGGCGUGUACGAGAUCGACCCGACCGACUUCACAUACAGUAAUGUUUCUGGCGGGCUGUGGAGCACGAUCGAAGUGGAAAUCGGCUUUAUCUGUGCCAAUCUCCCCGCGGUCCGACCUGUCGUAUUCAGGUGGUUCGGAAUUGGUAGCUCGGCGGCCGCCUACGGAUCCGAGAGUACUGGUCCGAGACAAUACGGUAUCUCUGCCAAAGGCGCGAGCAGGUCUGGCCACAUUGUCCUCGGAAGCGGACAGCGGGAGCCGGACCUGCUCGACUCGGAUACAGAAGCGCUCACAAGGCGAGGGAGGGAUAGCGGAUUAACCCUGACUACCACGGGAGGGCUAAGCGGUGACGGUCGAGGCUCGGCAUUUGGGCUCGCUGAAAUUGUCGUCAAGACGGAUAUCGGUAUAUCGAUAGAUCCCAACCAUUCCCCAUUGCACAAUGGAAAGCCGAGUCACUUCGUUCGGAUCACGGCACUAGGCGCGGGGAAAGACUAUUACAAGUAAAACAGCACUCAAACUCGCGAUUCACCCCUUGAAAAGCGGUAUAAUCCUCUUGUACAUGUAACCUGAAUGGGAAAAUAUUAAUGUACCUACUUAAUAAUAUAUGUGGCUGGCUUCUUGACCCUGCCUAUCACCUAA